AUGAGAGUUGUGAGGGAUGGAGAGGGCGUGGAGCUCGAGAGGGAUGAUGGGGAAGAGGGAAGAGAACAUGUUGAAUCGAUAUCAUCGGAAUCGGGGGAAACAAAAAGAUCGUAUCAAUACGGAACAUCCGAGAAUACAUUCUUAGGAUCAUCGAUUGGUGGUCCUUUCAACAUUGCAACAAUUAAUAGCGCUACCGAGGAGAAGAGCUAUUCCACAAAUACUUAUUUCAAACCUUUGCAAAAUCAACCAAAUCUUCAUCUCGUGACUAAAGCUCAAGUUGAAAAGAUUAUUCUCGACAAGGAAUCUGGCGAGGCUAUUGCCAAAGGCGUGAAAGUCACAGUCAAGGGUAUCGAGACGUCGGGAAGGAGGCCAUUGUCGCAGGCGGUGCUUUAG